AUGGCACCACGCAAGACUAUGACGGACGAACAGCAGGAGGAAACAGCAGUCCAAAACGCUCUUACCACCGCUCUCCAGGAUCAGCGUGCUCAACGCGAAGCUCCGGGAGAUCAACACGUUCCACCGCCUCGCCGUCGUGAUGCUCAACUCAACACAUCAGAUGAUGACGAGAUCGUCGAGAACGUUUUUGCUAACCAAGACCACGACCAACAUCAACAACGUCGUUUUCGCUCCGAUAUUCCAGAGUUCCUCGGGACACUAAACCCGGAAGAUUUCUUCGACUGGUUAAAUACGGCGGAGGAGAUUCUCGAGUUUCGACAAGUUCCUGAGGAUAUGCGAGUUCCUCUUGUGGCAACUCGUUUCAAAGGAAGGGCUAUGGCUUGGUGGCAACAACUCAAGGAGUCACGUCGCCAAACUAAUAAACCUCGAAUCAAUUCAUGGGAUCGCUUGACAAAACACAUGCGUCGCGCCUUCCUACCAUACAAUUAUGAGCGUACUUUAUACAACAAAUUGCAAAACCUAAGGCAGGGUUCACGUACUGUUGAGGAAUACGCAACCGAGUUUUUCUACAUGACAGCCCGAAUGACCGCAGGCGAAACCGAGAAGCAACUAAUCUCACAGUUCAUCGGAGGAUUACGCUCUCAGCUACAGCUUGCUUUGGCACAAUUCAAUCCGACGUUAGUAUCUGAGGCUUAUCAACGCUCAAUCUCUAUGGAGUUACAGCAGCGGUCGUCUUGGUCAUCGUCUUCACGAUCCCGCCUUCAAACACCAGCUGCUGGUGAGAGUACCACACCUGGAACGGACAGUACAACACAACGGUCAGAAGUUGCCAAAUCAGGCCUCAACACCGAACCUAUUGCUUCUUCAAGACCAGCUCGUCCCAACGCUCUGCGUUGUUUCACAUGUGGCGAACGCGGCCACAUACAGACAGCGUGUCCCAACAAAGCAAAGCGUGGGUUGAUUCUUCAAGAAACAGAGGAUGCCGAGCCCCGAUAUGAUGACUAUGAUGCUAUUGAUGAUGGGAAUCCUGAUAUUAUUCAAGGCGAUACAGGUCUUAACCUUGUCCUCCGCAGGAACUGUCUCAUACCUAAGGCAUCACCAGAAUCUUGGCUUCGCACCAACUUGUUUCGUUCGACGUGUACCAUCAACGGACGGGUCUGCAAACUAAUUAUAGACUCUGGCAGUUGUACUAACGUUAUGUCGUUUGAAGCAACUCAGAAACUUGGCCUUGCCGUGAUACCUCACCCAUCUCCUUAUCCGUUGGCAUGGCUCAACAAUAGCACCGAAAUCACCGUGUCAAAACAAGUGCUCGUCUCCUUCUCCAUUGGAAACUACAAGGAUUCGGUUACUUGUGAUGUUAUACCUAUGGACGCUUGCCACUUGCUUCUAGGACGACCUUGGCAGUUUGAUCGAGAUGCGAUACAUCGCGGAAAAGCAAACACUUAUAGCUUUGUGUUUGACAAUCGUACGGUCACACUAGUUCCUUCCAAGGAGCAACCUGAACCAAGCGCUCGAUCUGAGGGUACUAAUACCAAAGGCAAUACAUCAUCAGCGAAAUCACUCCUAACACUUCCCAAAGGCGAAUUUGAAAAGUUUAUUCUCGAUGCUGAUGUUCUGUGGGCUCUUAUCGCGUCUCCAGCCACAACAACAAUCGAGACUGAACCUUCCCCAGCAUUUAUUCCUUUGCUCCAAGACUUUGGUGAUGUCUUUCCAAACGAACUUCCUAGCGAUUUACCACCAUUGAGGGAUAUUCAGCAUCAUAUAGACUUGGUUCCUAAUGCAGUUCUUCCUAACAGACCACAUUACCGAAUGAGCCCUCAAGAACAUGACGAGCUGCGUCGUCAAGUUGAAGAGCUCCUUCAGAAGGGCCACGUGCGUGAGAGUCUAAGCCCUGCUGCUGUUCCCGCUUUACUCAUUCCUAAGAAAGAUGGAACUUGGCGAAUGUGUGUUGAUAGCCGUGCAAUCAACAAAAUAACGGUUCGGUAUAGAUUCCCUAUUCCACGCCUUGAUGAUCUCCUUGAUCAAAUCGGUAAAGCAACCAUAUUUACUAAACUUGACCUGAAGAGUGGUUAUCAUCAAAUCCGUAUCUGUCCCGGAGAUGAAUGGAAGACGGCUUUUAAAACGCGAGAAGGCCUUUUUGAAUGGACAGUCAUGCCAUUUGGCCUCUCAAAUUCACCUAGUACGUUCAUGAGAGUGAUGAAUCAAGCCCUUCGACCGUUCAUUGGAAAAUAUGUUGUUGUCUACUUUGACGACAUCUUGAUCUUCAGCAAUGAUUUGACGAGCCAUCUGUCCCAUUUAAAAAGCGUGUUAGAGGUCCUUCGACGUGAGAAACUCUUUGCAGCUCGCCACAAGUGUAUCUUUGGAGUCCGUCACGUGCUCUUUUUGGGUUACAUAGUUUCCGAUAAGGGACUACAAGUUGACCCAAGCAAAGUGGAGGCCAUCAAGUCGUGGCCAACACCACGGUCUAUCAGCGACAUACGGAGUUUUCACGGCCUGGCGUCUUUUUACAGAAGAUUCGUGCAUCACUUCAGCAAUAUUGCAGCACCACUAACAGACUGCAUGAAAGGUUCGUCGUUUCUUUGGACUGACGAGGCAAAUUCCGCAUUCGAGGAUCUUAAGCAGCGCCUGGUAUCAGCUCAGAUAUUAGCAUUGCCGGAUUUUACUCAGGUUUUUGAGCUCCAUUGCGAUGCUUGUAAACUCGGGAUUGGUGCUGUUCUAAGUCAAUUGGGACAUCCUAUAGCAUUCUUUAGCGAGAAGAUAGCUGGGUCGCGUGCUCGUUACAGUACAUACGACGUCGAAUUUUAUGCUAUUGUGCAGGCUAUUAAGCAUUGGAGGCAUUAUCUGUUCCAUCAGGAGUUCAUCCUCUACACUGACCAUGAUGCCUUAAAACACUUGGGCAGUCAAGACAAGAUCUCCUCUCGCCACGCCUCUUGGAUAGCGUUUCUGCAGCAGUUUACUUUCGUGAUAAAACACCUGUCGGGUAAAACCAAUAAAGUGGCAGACGCCUUAAGCCGAAGACAUUCCUUGGUGGCUACUUUGCAGGUUUCUGUUCCGGGUUUCGCUGCCUUACCGGACCUCUAUCCAACCGAUCCUUAUUUUGGAUCGAUAUGUUCUUCUUUGUGUGAUGGUUGUUGA